AUGAAAUCACUGACUCUGAUCUUGGGCCUUUGGGCUCUUGCAGCGUGUUUCACACCUGGUGAGAGUCAAAAAGGCCUCGGGGGACCUGGACCACUGUCUCCUCCUCCUCCUCCAUCACCUUUUCCUUUUGGACCAGGAUUUGUUCCACCACCCCGUCCUCCACCCUGUGGUCCAUGGAGAAUUCCACCACCCCCUCCUCUACUCUAUGGUCCAGGAAGAAUUCCACCACCUCCUUCUCUACCCUAUGGUCCAGGGAGAUUUCCACCACGCCUUUCUCCACCCUGUGGUCCAGGGAGAAUUCAACCACUCUCUCUUCCUUACCCUUAUGGCCCAGGUUAUCCACAGCCACCUUCCCAACCAAGACCCUAUCCACCUGGACCUCCAUUUUUCCCUGUAAUUCCUCCAACUGAUCCUGCCCUCCCAACUGCAACAGGUGCCACCACCACUGCAAAAGACACCACUACCCUCAUAACCACUGCUUCUACUAUCCAAAAAUAA